AGGAUGGCAGGCAGCUGCUGGGCUGACACGUAACUAAAGUUAAAGGUGCUAUGGAGGCCUCGUCGGGGACUUGAGGUUCUACUUUCCUAUAAACUGCAGUUGAAUUGCGACGGAAGAAAGUGAGUUUGUGCAGGAAGAGGCCAGCAGGAGCAGUCGGCCUCGGUCCGUCCUGCCGUGCAGAGCAGGAGUUUGACGUGAAGAGAAAAAUCUGAGCGGCUGCUUUGAAGUCGCAGGAGAGAGUCGCGAGACGAUGUUACAAUAAUGUAUAUGUUUGCACUUAACUCGUAUUUCUGCGUGGAAAUGCUCGAGGAGUGAGAGGAGAAGGGCUUUUUUUUUUUUUUUUCUCCACCCAGUCUUCACCAGGGGGUAAAAAGUUGAGUCGGAAGUUUCCAGCAGCAGAGACGGGGUUUUCUCGCGCAGACAGCGGGGAGGGGUGCGGGUCCAACAUGGGAAGCGGGGUGUGCUCCCGGAGGCAGCGCAGGAUCUUCCAGUGUCUCCUGCUGGUCACCGUGGUCUGCGGAAUGAUGUACGGGGGGAUGAUGUCGUACGAGAUGCACAAACAGCUCAAGAGGACUGAAGUGAUGGCACUGAAGUACCAGCAACAUCAGGAGUCUCUCUCGGCACAGCUCCAAGUGGUGUACGAGCAUCGCUCCCGGUUGGAGAAGUCUCUUCAGAAGGAGAGGUUAGAGCACAAAAAGGCCAAAGAAGAUUAUCUGGUUUAUAAACUCGAUACGCAGCAGUCGCUGAACAAGGAGAAGCAAGACUCCAGCAGCAGAUUCAAUUCUCUACAAGUGCAACAUCAGAUGCUGAAGAACCAGCAGGACGACCUGAAGAAGCAGUAUUACGAUCUGCAGGAGCAGCACCACGUCGAGGCCGACGACCACAACCGGCUGCUGGACGAACACAAAGAGCACUACGACAAACUGCAGCAGGCCAAAGAGGGAGAAAUCACACACCUCAAAGAUAAUGUUUAUAACCUGAGAGAGGAAAAUAAACAGCUGAGGAAAGCCCACCAUGACAUCCACACACAGCUGCAGGAUGCACAGGUUCAGCAUCAGAACAUGAAGGUAUCCCAGAACCAGCUCGCACUGACACUGGAAGACCACAAGAGUGCGCUGGCUGCAGCUCAGGUGCAGGUGGAUGAAUACAAGCAGCUGAGGGAGUCCCUGAACAGGGUGCCAAAUGUGAGACAGCCGGAACAGAACUCUGCUCCACAGCAGCCGCAAGCAGCUGCCAGAGCACCAGAGACCCAUAUGCAUGAAGAACAGGCCACGAGACUGGAACAGCCCCACAAAGAGGAGCCCGCCCACGGGGAGGACGACACCGAGUCCAGGGUGAACCAUCCGGAGGAGGAGGAGGAGUCCCACCCCACUGACAAAGAGGAGGAUGGAGAGGGAGAGGCUGAGAGGAGGAGGGAGCUGGCAGAGGAGGAGAUGGCUCAGGCAGGACAGCCUCAGAAGCUGGAGGAGGACCCGGACCAACCGCAGGAUGAGCAGCAGCAGCAGGAGGAAGAGGAGGAUCCAGCACAGGAACAGCCGGACGAGAACGCCCUGGACCGACAGAGACGGCAGCCACAACCGGGUCUCCAUCCAGAGAUGCAUCGGGACACCCAGCUGCAGCACGAGGCGCACGCCCAGGUGGGGCGCGUGAAGUCGGCCUACGAGCAGCAGCAGGAGCAGCAGCGCCUGGAGGCUCAAAGGGCCGAGGAAGGCAGGCAAAUCAAGAUGCGACAGGAGACCCUGCAGGUCCAGAGAGACAAGGUGCUGCAGGAGAGGGAGCAGAGGCUGAAGCGGCAGCAGGAGAGCGAGCAGCAGCAGCACAAGGACGCCGACAGACGGGAGCAGCUGCUGAGAGAGGAGCACCACAGGAAGAGGAGCGAGUACGAGAAUAUGGACAAUGAUAUUGUUCAAGGAGAAGAUGACCGGCACACUGACGAUGAAGAAGACCCUCACAUGUUACACGAAGAGGAGGAGAAUCCAGAAGUGGAUCACAGGGUGCCACCACAUCAGCAGGGUGUUGGUGACCUGGACCCUGAGGACGACCCCAACAACCAGGGAGAGGACGAGUUUGAGGAGGCUGAGGACGACCAGCCGCAGCACAGGGUCGCAGGGGAGGAGGAGGAGGUGGUGGUGGUGGUAGGGGAGGAAGAGGAGGCUGCGGCGGCGGCCAAGCACAAAGACACACACCCGGGCCCCAAACAACCUGCUGUGGAGGAGGAGCUGGUGAUCGCCGGAAACCCAGAUCAACAGGAAGACACGCUGGAUGACCAGUACCAGGAGGAAGUAGAGGACGAGGUGCAGGAGGACAUCGCUGGUCAGCAGAAGAGAGAGGAGGAGCUGGAGCUGGAAGGAGAGGAUACAUAUAACGAGGAGAACAUAGAACAGGAUGAAGAAAAACACCACGAGGGACCAAAACUGGAGGCGGGUCACCGAAAAGGGGCCGAGAAUAACGAGGAAGAGAAUUACGAAGAGGAAGAAGAGGAAGUCGAGGAGGAUGGCAAGGGAACCAAUCGGAGGGCAGAGAUGUAAGACGGACGCAGACGUUUACCAGAUGCAGUGCCUCCAUAGAGCCUUUCAGGUCUUUCUUCCCCCCCCUUGUUUCCCAAAGGAAUACAGCCAGCCAUCCUUUCACAGUUCCAAUUAGGAAAAUAAGGGUUUUAUGCCUGGAAGAUGGGACGCUGUUCCAAACUCUGGGGAUGGAGCCGAGCAGCUUACACUGUGGAAAUGGACAGAAUGUGUGGAGCAGAAAUGGGAUGUAUACUGUAUAUUUCUUUUAUUCAUUUGCUUUUCUGUCUACUCGCACGUCUGCCUGAUUGCCUGCCUGGUUCUGUUCAGGCAGAGAAUGUAUUUCCUUCAUGUGCUGUCUUUGAAUACGUGUAAAGAAAGCAAAGAUAAAUUAUGUUACUCUGCUGUCAUCAUGUUCAGGCCUUUAUACGCAUGUCGUAUGCAGACGGUUGUAUUCUUCGUAGAGCUCAAAUCUUUAUUUACAUCUUGCAUUCCAAUCGCUCAAGUUUUCUGUUAUUUAUUGUUGAUUGUAACAACUCUGACAAUCGUAAAAAUUGACAAUUGUUUCCCCGACUGAGCUAGUUUGUGUCAUAAUAGCUUUUUACCAACUAUUCCCUGGCGGAUACGCGGCGGAGUAUUUCCACUGGAUAUUUCUGCAAAUGCCAGCCAAAAAAGACAUUUGUGGUGAAGCCGUUCCACGCUGAAAGUGUCACUCUGAAAUGUGCCUUUACCAGGUCUUAGUCAUUGUACAUGUGGAACACCUUAUAAAUAGGACAGGAGAGAUAACAGUGUGCCAGAUAGUGCGGAGCCUCCUGCAUAUUGCUUCAGGGCGAUUUCAUGUCGACUGCUGGUGUGAAUUAAAUUCACAAACUCGAAUGCAAUUUACUGCAAACUCUAGUCUACUGUACAAUGUAUAGUGAAGCACAUGCUGACAGUUUGUACAUUUUCUACCAAUUAUAUUUGAUACGAAAAA